UCCCCUCGCUCGCAAAGAAACCAACGGCCAGCUCCAGAAAAAAAAAAAGGAAAACCAACGGCCUUUCCCCCUCCCCUUCGGCGUCAGCUCCGCCUCCGCGCCCCCCUGCCCGGCUUCCCUUCCGCCGCCAUGAAGCUUCCCGGAGGCGCGACGCGCGCUUGGCUGAUCGAUUUCCUGCGCCGUCUGUUCUCUGCCCUGCGCCAGAGAGCGUUCUGGGCGGUGACGGCGGGGGGAAACAAAGAAGCCAAGAAACGGCGGCGCCGACGACGCAACCGCGCCGCCGCCGAAGCAGUCCUCAUCCACCCCGAGCCUAUCGCCACAGAGGACCUAAUGACGCCACUCGGCACCCUCGCAGCCACCGACGUGGCGCUCCUCCCUCCCGCGCCUCUCGCCGCCGAGGCCGAGGGCCUCACGCCGACACGCGGCGCCCUCUCCCCCACCAGCACCAUCGUGCUCGACGGGGCGCCGCUCUCGUCCGAGGACCCUACCCCACCGGACGGCUUCCUCCGGGCCACCAGUGACGCCACCCUCCACUCGGCGGCUGCCGUCCCCACGGGCCCCGCGUCGUCGGUCCCAGCCACCGGCGGGAAGCUGGAAGAUGACGGUGGAUUUACCCUAGUCGUGGGCAGGAAGAGGAAGCGGGGGAAUGCCCAGGCCACCCUCGGCCCUGUUGCCCCGCCACCUGCUCCGCGCCAUGGUCCGCCGAGGGGCUGGUUUCGGCACCAUGCUCGCCCCGCUCCUCCUCCUCCGAGCCGCCGUAUUCCGCCCGCAAUCCGGGUGAGCCCUCCUGCCACGGCCAGCGGGCCAGCCUCGUCUCCUGCACCUGCUGCCACGGCCAGCGGCCCUGCUGCGUCCCCUUCUUCCAUCAUCCCUCAGGAACUGGACGACAUGGCAAAGGAGCGAUCCCUUCACUUACAGUUCCGGGAGGAGAUGUCAAAGCUGAAAGGCAACAAGUUAUAUUGUCUGAUAUGUUAUUUGGAGCGUCGCCAAAAACUAGUGACUAUGCAGAAUCAUAAGGCUGACAUCAACCAUCACAAUAGUGCAUCUCACAAGGGGCGUCUUGUGGAUUGUCCAAGUAAGGGCUGCCUUUUGGUGGCAAGUAACAGACACGACAUUGGCAUUCAUGCCAUUUGUUGCCACCCUCACACACUGGCGGCGCUGAGGGUAUUCAUGUGUAUUCGUAUGAAUCCCAUUAUUGAGUCCCUAGCCGCCCAGCGACAGCGAGUCGUCAGCGACCCCCCCCCCCCCCCGCUCCCGCUCACCGGCAUCCGCCCCCGCCCCGCCCUCAGGCCUCAUCCGCUCAGCGCCGCCAGUGCUCGCCAGGGUCGACCGGAGGCUGCGCUGGCCGGGGACUGCAUCGCCGCGACGCCGCCUCGCCCCGGCGCUCGCCGGCCGCCGGCCGCCCCGCCCCAGCCCCGUCGGCCGCCCAUCGCCCGCGGCGGCGCCGCCCAGCCCAGGGACCAGCAGGCGGCGGAGACUACAAAAUUAGUCAUUGAAGAACUUGAUGGUGCCCACUUUGCAAUACUUGCAGAUGAGUCUAGUGAUGUGUAUCAGAAUGAACAGUUGGUAGUUUGCUUGCGUUAUGUUGAUAAGAAAGGAAGGGCCGUUGUAAGAUUUCUUGGUCUUUCUCAUGUUAAAGAUACUACCUCUUUGACACUUAAAGCUGCAAUUGAGCAAAUGCUUAUGAAGUACAAUUUGACCUUUGCAAUGUUAACUCUUGUUGCUGUUGCUAAAGAGAGUGGUGAUUGUACUUGGUUCUUUCAACAACUUGCACAGUUGUUAAAUGCUCUUGGCAUGUCUUGUAAAAAGAUGAGAAUGCUUCGUAUAGCUCAGGCUGAGGAACUCAUUGAUGCAUUGGAAUUGGAAAAAGUAGAAACGGGGAGGGGCUGA